CUCCCAUCACUUUGCUCAUCCUGCACUUAUCCACUCUUCUGUCUUCUCUCAAGCUUCAUCAAUGGCGGUAACCCUUCGUUUCAUCUGUGCUUUCCUUUCCAUCCUCGUACUUUCCUCUUCACACCCUGCAUUCGCAGGGCGUGGCAUGCCAAACGCCGACUCCAAGAACGUGGCGGACAAGAAACAGCCUGAGUUUCUUCUCUACGACGGAACUGUCCUUAUUCCUGGGUUUGGCCGUGUCGUUGUCCCUCACAAGAAAGUAGAUCCCUUUAACUAUAACCCCGUCACCGGCAGAAGUGGCGCUGGAACUGGAGCCAUCAACCCCAUCGACGACAUUAUUGGUAGUGGAAAUGCUGCCGCCGGUUCCACCUAUAUUCCCGGUAAUGAUGAUACUAUCAUCCCUAACCCCGGUUUCGAGGUCCCUGCGGCGGGUGGCGGCCUACCAACUCCGCCCGCUCGCCAUUGAUGACGUUAUCAGCUUCUUUCAUUUCUUGGUUCAUCGUUAAUUUAGUUUGAAUAAGCAGGCGUGCAUGGCGUACGCCUGGUUUAGGAUACUAAGCAUCUGUUUUGUUUUUUUUUUUCAUAGUUCAACUAUGUAUUAUUUCCGUUUAAGAUUGUAUUUUAGACAUGGUACCUUGUUGUAUGUUGAGUUAUUAUUAUCAAUAAAACUGUCUUGUUUAAUAUUUCA